AUGUAUCAUAUUCCACUCAAAGAAUGUUCUGAUAUCGACGGAGAUUGUAUGGGGCCCCAACUAUUCGUGAAAGAAACGUAUUGCGGUUACAAUAAUAUGACAUCACUAACUAUGUACACUAUUAAUAAUAAAUCUCUAGUAACUUCUCUAUAUGACGGCUGCGCUGUAGAUUUUGAUGAACCACUAUAUUUAAACAACACAUUUUACUUCGAAUGUGAUACUGAAACGAGUUGUUUUGAUGAAUCAAAAGCAAUAAGUAGAGAUACUUAUUACCUCGAAUGUGAAGAAGUGGAUAUUUUUAGUAUAAUGUAUCCAAAGGAACAUAAUGAAAGUACGACAGAGUCGUAUUUACAGAAAAAUGAAGCUGCAACAGAACACGAUGAUAAAUCAACAGCUGCGUAUGGGAAUUCGUCAGAAGUUUAUACAAUUACAAAUGAAACUACAUCGGAUCUCGAUGGUCUAUUGAAUAAUGGUCUUGUAAAAUCAACAAAAGCAGUUGUGUUUACAUCCGAAUCUUCCACAGCAGUUGAAAGCAUAUCGAAAAAUGAUAUCGUGACUUCGUUAGAAGCUAAUGGGAUUACAACGUAUUCUACAACAUCUAUUGAUGGCAUAUUGAUUAAUAAUAUUGCAAAUUCGUCAGAUACUAAUGUGAUUACAACUGAAUCUAGCACAGCAGUUAAUAGUAUAUUGAAUCAUGAUGCAGCUAAUUCGUCAGAAGCUCAUGUGUUUACAACUAAAACUAACACAGAGUUUAAUGAUGAAUUAGACUAUGAUCAUAAUUCAUCAAAAGAAACUACGACUAAGCACAAUGGUGUAUUAAAAGAUAUUAAUACGGCUACAGCAAAAAUAGAUGAAUUAAGUAAUAAUACUGAUGCUCGUCGAUUAAAGGCAGCUACGGAGAAUUCGUCUGAUUCCAGUAAUGUCUUGGCUAUUCUUGGAUAUUCUUUAGCAGGGUUCGGAGCAAUAUUGGCCCUAGCUUUUGGAGCAUAUAGAUUGAAAAAUGCUGUACAAUCAGGAAGCUACUUAAUCCCUGAAACACCAAGACCACCGGGUUUUAUAGAACUAGCAUGA